AUGUCGCUCGUUCCACCCGGAGGCACGGACUCCCCAAGUCCACGUCGCGCCGUCAGCCCCUUGUUGGAGUCCCGAAGACCGCACUGUACUCUUGCGUGUGACUACUGUGCAGCUAUACUAGAAGAUAAGUUCAGGCGUAAUGCAGAUAUGCGCAACAGAGGCACUUCACCACUGUCAGUGUCACCAAGACAGUCGCUAACAGGCGAACCACCCUGGACUCUACCAGAUGACGACCGCCCCGAUUUCUCCGCGCUUAAAGAAAACAUUCAUAGGAUCAAUAAGGACUGCGAAACCUCGACACGACUGGAUACUUUGUUGACACAAGUUGAACAAUAUGCAAACAAUUUAGAGACACUAGUGGAAGAAAGAACAUCAGAUUAUUUAGAAGAAAAGAGGAAAUGUGAGGAGCUACUUUACCAGUUACUACCCAAGUCAGUUGCGUCACAGCUAAUAAUGGGUCAACCAGUAAUGGCGGAGACGUAUGAUCAAGUGACAAUAUACUUCAGCGACAUCAUUGGCUUCACACAAUUAUCGGCGGAGUCAACGCCACUUGAAGUUGUGGACCUACUUAACGAUCUAUACACCAGCUUCGAUUCCAUCAUUGAGAACUUUGACGUCUAUAAAGUAGAAACAAUUGGCGAUGCCUACAUGGUAGUUUCCGGUCUGCCUAUGCGCAAUGGCAACAGACAUGCAGCAGAAAUCGCAAGAAUGUCUUUAGCACUCCUGAAUGCAGUCAGGGUAAAAACCGUACCACAUCGACCUGGCGAAAGAUUGCUUUUGAGGAUUGGAAUGCAUACAGGACCUUGUGUUGCCGGCGUUGUGGGUUUAAAAAUGCCAAGAUACUGCCUUUUUGGAGACACAGUAAAUACUGCCUCAAGAAUGGAAUCUCACGGUGAAGCACUUAAAAUCCACGUCAGCCCAAAAACUAAAGAGGUUUUAGACUUAUAUGAUUGCUUUGAUUUGGAAUGCCGAGGAGAAAUCACGAUGAAGGGUAAAGGGAAAAUGACAACAUAUUGGUUGCGAGGCGAGAAGCAUCAAAAUGAAACACAAUACGAGCAGACUAACAAUGGAGACAAUCCCAUUAUAAAUCCGAGUAUAACCUUUCAAGCGCCCGACAGUCCCGCGUCCCAUUCCCAACAUAGUAACAGCCCCAAACGGAACGGUACAAAGGAAACAAAGGAUCGCGCUAAAACUGUUGAAAUUUUGAAUGAAAGAAAUCGCAUUAAGCACGAAAUAGCUUCAUUUGUUGCUAAAGAUCUUAUCAACAACAUAGAUACUGCCGUACGUGAAAUAAAGCUGUCCCAAAGCGCAACUUUUAACACGCCUACAAAUAAAAUGUGUAAUGGAAAUGGAAAAGAGAUGAUAACACCGACGUAUGAUAAGGAACUCGUAAUCAAUAAAGGAAAGGUGAGAGAUGUUGUGAACAGGUUUAAUAGCACAUCGACUGGAAAUAUUUCGAAAACAAAGGAAGAUAAAUAG